AUGUGCAUUGACUACUCAGACCUUAAUAACGCUUGUCCAAAGGAUCAUUAUCCCCAUCCGGAGAUAGAUCAGAAAGUCCAAUCGCUUGAAGGGUUUCAGUUCAAAUGUUUCCUUGACGCGUACAAAGGUUAUCAUCAAGUCCAGAUGAAACGAGAAGACGAGGCGAAAACAACUUUUCACACCGAGAGGGGCACUUUCUGCUACCAGAAAAUUCCGUUUGGACUCAAAAACGCGGGCGCUACAUAUCAGAGACUAAUGGACAAGAUAUCCGCUGAUCAAAUUGGUAGGAACAUCGAGGUCUAUGUUGAUGACAUGGUAAUCAAGAGCCGUAACGAAGAAACAUUACUCCAUGAUGUGGAAGAGACUCUUAAAACACUAGCUAAAGCGCAGAUGAAGUUAAACCCAACCAAGUGUACUUUCGGCGUAAAAGAAGGUCAAUUCCUUGGGUAUCAGAUAUCUAAGUAA